AAACAUUCGCUCCUCUCCCGCCGUCGCCGCCCCCCCAGUUCCUCUGAAGAUCCGCCAUGACUACCUCCGAUUUCGUUCAAGCACCGUCGUCGAAGGAAGAGCUCGUCCACACCGAUUCGGCCCAAGUUCGCACUAACUACUACGGCGACGACGGCGGCGAUGGCGAUGACGCGCUCUCGCUCUGCGACCUCCCCUUGUACUGCGACGCCGCCGAUCACUCCUUCGCCGACGACGAUGACGCCUCCACAUCGUCGUCCUCGUCGUCCUGCUCGCCCUCCUCCUCCGAUCACGACGACUUCUUCGAGUUCUCAUCGAUCGGGGGCUCCGAAUCCUCCUCCGACCUCCGCUCCGACGAUCGGAGCAUCGUCUUCUGCGGGAAGCUCAUCUCUCGCCGAGAGUCGCCUCCUCCUCCUCCUACUACAACUCCGGAGAAGAAGAGAUCGCCGCUCCCGGCCGGCCGCGGGAGCCAGAAGAGCACGAGCAGGAGGACCCGGUCGCCGGCGGUCCGGCGGAGGAAGUGCCGGUGGUACCUGAUGGCGUUCGGACUGGCGAGGUUCCCGACGGAGAUGGCGAUGAGCGAGAUGAGGACGAGGCAGAGCCGCAAUGUCGAGAAGACGGGGUCGGGAUCGUUCGGCGGCGACAUUGUGAGGAGCGGCGAUUGCAGCGGCAAGAGCAAAGCGAAAAGGUUGUUCGGAAUGUUGAAGUCUCUGGGAUUGGGCCACCGUCGUCGCGCCGAUGCUUUGGUGAACGCCUCGUUGGGCUGCGUCCGGCGGGCGUGACAGGAUCACCAAAGACGAUGUAUAUAUUUGAAAGUUUUGAUUUUUAGGAGUAUUGAUCCUGCAUAUUUCAUAAAAAGGAGUGUUUGCGCAUUGGUUUUCA